AUUACGUUGUUUAUGACGGAGAACUGUUGCUGUACGUAGCGUUAGCUUGUGUGUUACUUUUCACAAACAAACGAUUAAGCAUUAGUUUCGAUCCCAAUGUGCAUAUUGUGGAACAUAAAGGAGAAUAUAAUGGCCCUGCAGAAGUAUUAAGUGAAGACAGUAAUGCCAUAAAGAAAGGAGGCACGUUUGAGGAGAUCUCUCUUCAGAAAUGGCGACUGAACUCCAUGAGGCUAUUUUCAUGGCCAAGCAGGAGCGCCACAAAAACCUGUUUCUGAACUACAGAAACCUGAACCACUUCCCCGUGGAGCUGCUGAAAGACGAAGGCCUUCAGUUCCUGGAGAGGCUGUACAUGAAGAGGAACUCACUCACAACGCUGCCGGACGAUCUUGCUCUGAAGCUCCCAAAUCUAAUCGAACUGUAUUUGCACUCGAACAACAUCAUCCUUAUUCCUGAAGCGAUCGGCAGCUUGUCUCGUCUGCAGUCGUUGGACCUGAGCAACAACGCGCUGCAGUUCCUCUGUCCGGAGAUCGGACGCCUCAGAUCUCUGAGACACCUCCGACUGUCCAACAAUCAGCUCAAGUGCUUUCCUCCAGAGAUCGGGGACCUUCAGGACCUGGAGACUCUGGAUGUUUCCAUGAACCAGCUGACGUUUCUCCCCGAGCGUCUGCAUCGCUGCGUCUCUCUGCAGAAUCUCACCGCCGACCACAACCUGCUGACUCGAUUCCCCCGACAGCUCUGCUGGCUGCAGCGCCUCAACCAGCUCUCAAUGGCCGCCAACCGCCUCACCUUCCUGCCCCUCGAUCUGGGCAGAUCGAGAGAGCUGCAGUUUGUGUUUGUUGACAACAACGUGGAUCUGAAAGGAUUUCCCUCCUAUCUUUACAACAAGGUCAUCGGCUGCAGCGGGUGUGGUGUGUCGGCCCAGAUGUUGAGGGGGGGGGAGACCCUGAGUCAGGCUCUGGUGGGCCUCCCCGCGGAGGUGAAGGUGGUGGGCUCAGAGACGGAGAACGUGGUCCCCCUGGAGGAGCUCGCCCUGAGGGCCCUGCACCGCAUCUACCACCACGGCAAGACAGACAUUCCCCGCCCCCCCCCCCUCUGUCUGCCCCAGAGUCUCCUCCAGCUGCUCCACUUCCCUCUGGGUCACUGUCACCGCUGCAGUCAGACCAUGUUCACCACCAUCUUCCCCAAGCUGUUCCCUCUGAGGGACACCGCGCUGGCAGGGGUGCACCGCAGGACGACGGUGAGUUUUGUGGCUUAUUGUUGCUCCAGUCACUGCCUCCGGACCUUUGACCUGCAGGGAUGAGGACACACACACACACACACACACACACACACACACACACACACACACACACACACACACACAC